AUGGUAAUUCGCCUUCUGGGUUUGAUGGCCCAGAACUUGGGGAUCAAUCCGGAGAAGUUGACAGACAGGUUUCUGGACGGGAUGCAGGGGGUGAGGAUGAAUUACUACCCUCCAUGUCCGCAGGCAGACAAGGUCUUGGGCCUCUCUCCUCACUCCGAUGCCACCGGCCUAACAAUGCUUGUUCAAGUCAAUGAAGUGCAAGGAUUGCAAAUAAGGAAAGAUGGGAAUUGGAUCCCUAUAAAACCUAUUCCCGGUGCUUUCAUUGUCAAUAUCGGCGACAUCCUUGAGGCAAGUUCCAAUCGUGUAUAUAGAAGCAUUGAACACCGGGCUGUAAUAAACACAGAGAAGGAACGUCUCUCGAUCGCUGUGUUUCACUGUCCAACUUUCAACACGACAAUCGGACCUCUUCCGGAUCUCGUGAAAGAUAGUGACAUAUACUAUAAGACUGUAAGCCUUAAGGACUACAAGAAGUUUAUUGUCUCAAGUAAACUCGAUGGGAAGAGCACAUUGGAUGCCAUGAAGUUGAAGAAAUGAACAGGUUAUCUUGCUAAGCAUCAUGGGUUUGUAUGUCAGUUCGUACUCUGGAAUGAAAAAUAAAGAACUUUCACCCUAAUUAUCUUUACCAGUUAGUCUUUUUUUCCUCGUGAAGUUGUGUUCUUGUGCACGCUCAGGCUGCCAAUUGUAUGAUUAAGAUCAUCGAUUAGUGCAGUUUUUGAACCGUUAUCUUGCUAAGCAUCAUGGGUUUGUAUGUCAGUUCAUACUCUGGAAUGAAAAAUAAAGAACUUUCCCCCUAAUUAUCGUUA